AUGAACGACGCACUCUUGAAGUCUCAGUUUUUUAUCUACGGAUGUCUCGUAGCGACUUUUCUUUGGAUUUUGUGGACCUACUACAAGAGAGACUCUUCAAAGACACAGAAAAAGAAAAGGCCAAGAAUGCAACAAUACUUUCGCGAUGAAAUGCAGCCCGUUUUCCCAAACGGCUGGAUCCCACUUCUUCUCUCGUCCGAGCUGGAAAUCAACAAAGUGAAGUCCCUAAAUAUUAUGGGAGAAGAACUGGUCGUGUUCCGGACUCAAGAUGGCGUCGCCCACGUGAUGGACGCCUACUGUCCCCACCUGGGGGCAAACCUGGGCGUGAUGGGCCGUGUUGUGGGAGACUGCAUCGAGUGCCCUUUCCACGGAUGGAGGUUCAGAGGAGAAGACGGGGUUUGCACGCACGUGCCUUACGCUAGUAAACAUCCCGAAUUUGUGAAAGCUAAGAAGUGGAUCUCCAAGGAAGCCUACGGCUUACUUCUGGGAUGGUACCACGCGGAUGGAGAAGAGCCAACGUGGGAUGUGACUGAGCACCAGGAGAUUACCAGUGGGCAGUGGAAGCGAACUGGGUUGUACGACAAACAAAUCUUUGGUUACAUGCAGGACAUUACUGAAAACGGAGCAGACGUCCACCACUUCAGUCAGAUUCACAAGUCUUCAUCGUUCGUAGGGCCUGAGGAGUACGAGCGCGUUGCGGGCGACUCGUGGGCAUGUCGCGUAAUGACGUUCGACUAUGACAUCAAAUGGUCUGAGCACGGCGUCAAGGUUUGCAUCAGCACAGAUCUGCAAGUUAAACUUUUUGGAUGGAAGGUCCUCUCGUAUCACGUUGAGCUGUGGCAGCUAGGACCGGGCUUGACUAUUGCACAUGCCACUAGUCCGUUCGGCAAUCUUUUUUACGUCUUCUCGUUCACGCCCCACGGUCCCCGUGACAUCCGAGGCAUCAUCCAGAGCUACGCUGAUCGCAGCCUGCUAUGGCCAAUCCGGAGGUUUAUGGAAAUUGGAACUUACUCCAUGUUCGGUCGGGACAUCAUCAUAUGGGAUCACAAGACCUUCCUGAAAAAUCCUGCUCUGGUGAAGGAAGACGCAACCAUUAAAUCUUUCCGGAAGUGGUACUCGCAGUUCUACAGCAGCAAGAGUCCGACGUGGCGAGAUGUGAGAGAGAAGACCGUAGACUGGUAA